AUGAGUUAUAGCCAUCCUCUUCCUAAUGUGGAGGAAAUGGCCUUCCUCAAGGUGGACAACGUGGCAAACCUCACUUCAUCCAGCACGCUGAAGCAUGUGUUUGAGAAUUAUGGGCCUGUUGGUGAUGUGUACAUUUCCGAAAAUCACUUAACCGAAGAACCUUACAGAGUGGCCUUCAUCCAUUUCUACAACAAACAUGAUGCCAAGAAUGCAAUGGGUGCCUUAAAUGGGAUUUUACUGGAUGGUUGUAAACUGCGCAUAAAGAUGGUACACAACAAUGUUCCACAGUAUGCUCAACUUAGCUGUGGCCAGGGAGAGCAAUAUUAUUUCAAAGAAGACAACCAAGAAUUCCAGAGGCACGGCGAAAGACACUGUUGUUCCUCCAACAGUCUCCAAUCUAGAUCUCACAGCAGCUCUUCUCCAGAUCACUCGGAAUCCCGACCUCAAUCUCAUAGCUCACACAGAAGAUUACCAUCAUCAACCAAAAGAUCCAACUCCUCAAUGUCCAAUCAUCAGCUGCCGGACAAGUCCUGUCCAAGGUCUAGACACCAUCCACGAGAUAAAAAGAAAAAAUCCAAAUCUAGAUCUUCACACACACAUGCCUUUGAGUGUCCCAAAGGAGAAGGUAAACUUCUUGGAGAAGAAAAUAUGCAGAACAAUGAGAGGCAAGAGGAGAGUGAACAAUCAAAGUCUAUGUUUAACAGUCCUCAUAGAUCAGAAGCAAAUGCAACUGAUACAUUGAUGGCAGUUCCAUCUAUCAGAAGUCGGACAAGAAAAAGAUGCAGGGGCCAACAAAAUUGGAGAGAAAGACCAUGGAUGGAAAGAGAACAUAUGAAAAAUAACCAGAAGCAAAUGGAAUAUCUACAAUCUGAAUCAACAUUUAAAAAGCCAGGUGUAUCAAAAGAUCACAAAUGUGAAGUAUUGAUGUUAUAUAAUAGUUCUCAGAAAAGAACAAGAAGGAGGUGCCCAGGACAUCCAAAGCCCAACAAAUGGAUGAAAUGUGAAGCGAUGACAUUGGAUGUUGCGCCUCAAGAUGAUUCUGAAAGAGGCUCCCUUACCUCCAUUCAACAAUCCAAAAAUAGGACAAAAAGUGAGUGUGGGUUUUGGACAACAAAAUAUCAGGGUAAAACAAAAAAUGAUGAUAUCAUUGGAGGAAUGGGAUUUAUCUUUAAUAUUGAGAAUUCAAACCCACAAAAUGACCUUGUAUUUCUUUCAGGAUUUGGCUGUCAUGACAGUAAUAGAAAUGAACAGAAGCAAGUGCAUCAUCAACAACCUGAGUCCACAUGUGUAAUUCCCUUUUUACCAGAAGAAGAUACCACUGAAAUUUUAAUGGAAGACCCAUUGACUAGAGAGGGAAGAAAUACCAGAAGUGAGAGUCCAGAAGUUCUGAUAGUUGGAGAAAUGACUGAAAUUAGAACACCUCAACCUAUUCACCAGGUGGCGUUAGUAAAAGGUCAUCAUCAUGUAUCAACUGAAACUUUUCCACAUCUUAACAUUCAUGAACCUUUGCCAAGUGGUAGGCCAGUUUUUCCACUGAACAUAUCUGAGUUGCAAAGAAGGCAUUCUUUUACAUCUUCUCCAAGAAGUCACAUAGUCUGCACUGCUCAUAGAGGUCAGCCUGUAUCUGUAACACCAGCUAACUUUGUGUGUGUGGAAAUUAAUAAAAAAGAACACACAAACAGCUUUUCACAUUCUAAUCAGGCAGGUAUGCAGAAUUCUGAAAUAAUUUCUGUUGCUCAAACUUCAAAUACUAGUGUAGAGUUUCCUUUAGCUACAGUUCCCUAUGGAACAUCAGGGUAUACUCUGACAGAAAUUCUUGACAUAGAACAUAACAAUUGCCCUGAGAUUGGUUUAGAGGUCUGUGACUCAUCUUCAAGUCAAAAUAAUAGAAGAGUUUAUUCUGGUGACAGUAGUAUUUCUAGUUUUGUUUCUAGUUCUUUUUCACAUUCUACUAGGAAUUCUAGUACAGUUUCCUCAUUAUUUUCAUCAUCAACUCCCAGACAACCGAUUUUGCAAAUUCCUAUUAUUUUGGAGACCACUAUUACCAGGGAUGAAAAUUUACCGGAUGCUUUUCAAAUUAAUGAAGACAAUAAUGAACGAAUUUUAUCUUUUCACCCACCCUCUGAGACCAGGAGGGAAACACAAGUUGCGGGCCGAGAAGAAUCUGAUAAUAGUGAUUCUUGGCCACUUUUGCCUAAUUUUGCCAACUUCAAUGAUAUUCAUAAUAACCAUCCUAAAGGACUUACCAAGGAACAGAUUAAUACUUUACCAAUAAGAGCUUUUUGUGAAAGUGAUAGAUUAAAUAUCUGCACUAUUUGUAUUACAGAAUACACAGAAAGCAGUAGGAUUCGCAUUCUCCCUUGUUCUCAUGAAUAUCAUGAUGAAUGCAUUGAUAACUGGCUAUCUGAAAAAUCUAAUUGUCCUAUUUGUCGGAGACAAAUAAUCAAUCCCCCUGAUGAUACAGAAAUUCCAUUUUGA